AUGUCUUCCAACAGAACCACCCCUCAGACCCCCUCUAUUACCAACGUUCCGGCCAGCGCUGACGCCUUGCGUACCCUGCAGGGAUUCCUUACAGGAACUCGGGCAUACCUUCACUUUAACGAGGACAACUUCGAUAGCGACGCGGACAAGGUUACCUACGCAGCCUCGUUUUUGAAAGGCGACGCGCUCGCCUGGUUCGAACCAACCCUGCGAAACUAUUUGGACCAUGAUGAGGAAGAGAACCGUAAAGUUGAGACCAACCGCAUUUUCGACGAUUACGACAAUUUCGAAGAAUGCCUUAGGGGAGCAUUCGGCAACCCAGACGAGGAACGCACGGCUGAGCGUAAGCUGGUGCGCCUCACCCAGACCAAGUCGGCAUCCAAAUAUGCCAGUGAAUUUCGACAAAUCACCGCCAAGCUACCAUGGGGCAAGGAGGCCCUGAUGGCACGCUUCUACGCGGGACUUAAGGAAGAGGUCAAAGACGAGCUGGUUAAAGAAGAACGACCCGACACACUAGCAGAGUAUGUGGAGCUAGCGGUCAAGAUCGACAACCGACUAUACGAGCGAAAACUGGAACGACGCGAAGGACGCAGCGCAUGGGGCCCAGCCUUGCGACAAGCCAACACAGGACGCAAAUACCAACACCCCAAGCCGCCUCGCCAACACAGUACCGCGUACGGCACACACAGCGGACCCAUGGACCUAAACGCAACUCAGCACCGACAGCCUCGCAAAGACCCCAAAAGUGGCAAGUGUUUCAAGUGCAACAAACCAGGACACAUCGCGCGAAACUGUCCCGAGGCACACAACAGCACCCCGGGAUUUACCACUGAUUUCAGGGGCAAACCCGAGAAACCACGAGGACUUAAUGCCACCAACCACAACCAAACACAGCCCGACCAACACAGCAUGAUGAGCUGGACCACCUGUUACGACGACAACUGCACGACCCACAACAGUUCCAAGAUCGACGCAGGAUGGUACCCACAGAAACCCCGAGGCACUCGAACCCUAGCAGUAGAAAACCGAGUACCCCUAGGGACAGGACAACCAACGAAGUUACACCGACAAAAGACCCAAUUACCCGAACUCACGGAUUCGGAUGCCUCCGGAAAAUCGGAUGAGGAACUUUUGGGACAAACCCACCACAUCAGGACAACCAAUCAGUCCUUAACACAAAAAUUAAACGAGGAUUUAGAAAAAGAAUCCAGCGAGGAAAAGACCAUACCUUCGAACCAGUACAACGCAGCAAGGGAAAACAACCCCUACAUAUACGAGAAAAAACAUAUCGAUUUAUACCGAGACGACCAAUCAGUACAGUUUCCCGGGUUGCCAUUUCAGGCACAGAUCCGACAUCCUACAGGACCAAAAUCUUUUGGGCAAAAUGCUUCCGAGACAAUUGCGGACUCCAUCUGA